AUGAUAACAAAUCGUUAUGGUAAUGGUAUUAGCCAUAGUGCUACUCAAUUAACAUUACAAUUGAUGAUAAAAUUCAUCGUUAUACUUAAACCUACACAAGCAUGUUUUGCUAGCCAAUCAUGUUGUCCACCAGCAUCAACGGGAUGUAGCCCGGCAGCACCAUCAUGUCCCUCACCAUCAAGUUCGGAAGGGGAAAUGAAAUUUUUACAAAAAUUCAACAAUUAUCAUGCUGGAAUUCAACUAAGCAUUCAACUUAUCUAUCGUUGGAUGAGAUGCAUUUGA